UAUUCUUCUGCUUCAGGCUCCUUUGAGGCAAUUACUGAGCUUGCCCGCGGUAAAAGAUUGGCAUUGUUUCUUGAUUACGAUGGAACUCUUUCGCCUAUUGUGGACAAUCCUGCAAAUGCAGUAAUGUCUGAUGAGAUGCGUGCUGCUGUGAGGCAUGUCGCAUCACUUUUCCCGACUGCAAUCAUUAGCGGAAGAUCUCGUGACAAGGUAUUUGACUUUGUGAAACUAACUGAACUGUACUAUGCUGGAAGUCAUGGAAUGGACAUCAUGGGGCCUAUUAGGAAGUUUGAGUCCAAUGGCCACCAUGUUGAAUGGUCCACUGAUUCAGAGGACAAAGAGGUCAAUCUCUUCCAACCUGCAAGUGAGUUUUUACCUAUGAUAGCUGAGGUGUUCGAAAAUCUUAGCGAGAGUAUAAAGGACAUCGAUGGUGCAAGGAUGGAAGAUAACAAGUUCUGCGUGUCUGUGCAUUACCGGAACGUUGCACCACAUGACUAUGAAACAGUUCAUCAACGUGUAACUGUUGUUCUGAAGGACUACCCUUGUCUUAGGCUUACCCAUGGGAGGAAGGUUCUUGAAGUUCGCCCUGUCAUUGACUCAAACAAGGGGAAAGCUGUGGAAUUUUUGCUUGAAUCACUUGGACUAAGCGAGACUGACGAUGUUCUUCCCAUCUAUGUUGGAGAUGACAAGACUGACGAAGAUGCAUUCAAGGUUCUGAAGGCAAACAACCAUGGCUUUGGAAUUCUGGUUUCAUGUGUGCCCAAGGACAAUGAUGCCUUCUACUCCCUGAGGGAUCCAUCUGAGGUACAUAUAUUUCUUUAUCCUCUGGUGGCCCACGAGUCUGGCAUGGCACAUACUAAAGGCGGCUACGUGUUGGUCCACAGAGUGAAUUCAAAAACUGUUCGACAGGAACGUAUAGCUCCAAGCUACGAAUAUGAAAUCUUCACCUUCUCUCAGCCAGGGUGUAGUAUGAUUCAGUAG